AUGUCACAGCAAGAAGAAACUCCCCGCUCAAAAUACGCGGGAUUUGACCAAGAGCAAGAUGUAGAGGGAGAUGACUACUACGAUGACGAUGCAGAUUUCGGGGGAGAUGAUUACCCAGACGAACAAGAUCAAGGCGAAGAACAAGAACAAGAACAAGACGGAGAUGAGGGAGAUGAGAACGACGGAGAAGCUCCUGAAGGAGGUGAAGGAGAUGACGGUGAAGAAGUCCCAGAUACGCCAGCUCCUGAUGCAGCUACCCCAGCUGGUGAUGCCAACACUCCAGUAGCAGAGGGCACAGAAGUACCUGUUAAACGCGGUAGAGGUAGACCGAGAGGACGUCCAAAAGGUAGUGGAAGAGGACUUUCUACACCCAGAGGUACACCCUCUGGUAGACCGCGUGGUAGAGGUAGAGGUAGAGGGCGUGGAUCCUCGCGUAACAAAGACCGCGCUAAAGGAAUUGGUAGAAUGGGAAAUAGACGACGUGACGAAGACGGCACAGAAGAGAUAAACUUUGGAUACAUCCCACCUGAUAAACCAGCCCCUCGUGUGCUUAGAACUAUCGGCGGUAAUGAAUAUUGGUACACGGAAGACGAGCUUGAAAUUGACGAUGAUGUCCGCGGUGAUCAAAAAAUAGACGAGCACGGUAAUUUACAAGGUGGAAGAUGCUACAAGAUGCCAACAUUCACGAGUUCACUCAGACACGACCGCGAGAAGGUUUACAUGCUUUCUAUCGAUGCCGCGAGAGGUGCGGGAUACAAGGACUCACUUUAUAUGUUUAGAAGGAAUCUCUUACUUGUUAAGCUUACCCUCGAGCAAGAAGAGAAAGAGAGACUUAUCACAGAGGGUAAACUCGCGGCCAACUCACGUUCGCGUUCAGUAACGAUAGUUGCAGCGAGAAAUGUAUACAAACUCUUCGGUGCAAAGGUCUUAGUUAAUGGUAAACACGUCGAAGAUGACUACUAUGAGGACAAAGCAAGAAAGUAUUGUGCUGAAAAGAAGAUUGAACCAGGUACUAUAUGUCAAGUUGAAGACGAAGGUCAAUUCGAAGAUGCUGAUCUCGCAGCUUUGACAAGCCAAGGUCCAAACUUCGGUACAAAGUUCUUGAGCAGAGCAAUUGGAGGUUGGGCCAGUGACAUCGGUGCUGCACUCUUCUCACCCGCUACAACUUACGCCACUAAACGUGCAUUACUGAGUCAAAAUAUAACACCGGAGAAUUGGAUGGAUGUAUACGCACGUGAGGUUCAAGGAACUAAUGACGAGAUAAAUUAUCUGAAGAGAUUGCGAAUGGAGGAGUCACAUGCUAUUUUAGUCAAAGCUGAGAACGCAGGUGUGAGGAAAAACAAACCAAAGCAGAAUGCCUUGAAGAAGGAAGACGAAGAUGUCAAGAUGGAAGGUGUUGAGACGCCAGCUUAUGCGUCGAUUCCUCCAACACCUCAAGUUGAUCCUACACCUUCAGGCAGUCAAACGCCGACAAUUGAAACAAGCAAGAAGAAGAAGGAAAAGCAUUUUAUACCGAUUGAACCAAAAUUCCAAGAUGUCGCAACCAAAGAUCUUGGUAGGUUAGAUCCAUACACCAAUACGCCGCACAGGUCAAUGGCACACCAGCCAACAAACGCAGUCUGGGAGAAAGUAUCAAUCGGACCUCAAAUUGAGGGUCUUGAUCCAAACAAGCAAUAUAUAGGUGGUUCCAAAUUGGGAACCCAGGGUUUCUCAUUAGCAAGUAUAUCUUGGGAAUUGGACGGUAUGACGCUCUCCAGUGAUAAACACAUGAGAAACAAUGUCACGAACACGCCUAUUAACUCGACCAUACUUGACUUAGACAUAACAUAUUAAAGAAUGCAAUAUAAAUGAACUGCUGUACAUAUAUUAAUAAAUUAAUCUACUUGUUCGAGGUAUCCUUGUACUAAUAAUCUCUCUACAUCUGACCUCCUGACCAUGAACCUUUGUCCAACUCUGAAAUCGACAGGGCCCCCUUGGGUUUCGAUGAGACCAGCGUCGCGAACUACCCUGACACUGAUGUGCAAAUCUUUUGGAGGUUCUAAGCUACCUGAGGUAAUAUCAACGACGUCCAGAAAUGGCGACUUGUAUUGUGUUAUCAAAGAGGAAUAUCCUCGCAGGAAAUCAACCUCCGUAGGACUGAGUUCAUCGCGUAUACCACCAUUAUCAUGUUCGUUGAGUAGGUGUGCCAAUGCGGCGCCAGAUUUCCAAUAUAAAUCGCGUAACUUAUUUAACCUGUGAUGAUGGUAUCCCAAUAAACACCUUUUAUUCCGCUGUGCACAGAGGUUUAAUAUUGUAAGUUGUGCAAGUGUAGGUUUGUCACUCUCCAUCAAGCUCUGAUCAGCCUCGUUUGUCAGUCUUUCGACAGUGUCAUUGAUUUGACUAUUGAGAUAUCGACAUUCACGCGUAAUUUCGCGCACCGAUGCAUCAUCGUAAGCAUACAAGCUGUCUGUGAGGUGCGACCGUCUCGACUGUUGUAUCAGCCUGUGUGCU